CGCUCUGCCUGAAGGAAGAAGAGGCGGCGAGGCGGAGGAGGGGGAGGAGGUAGCGGCGCUGGCGCUGCUGGUGUUGCGGCGAAAAAUGGGCCGCUCCUGAGGGAAAACAUCCUCCGAAAAGACUUCCAGGCCGAAGGGAGAGCCGCUGCCGUCGAAAUAAGAGCUCCCUCAGAGGAUUCCACCGUCUACUGGAAAAAAUGGGCAACGUGGAGAGCAACGGCUCCUACCAGCAGCACCUCUCGAGAUUUCCUCCCAAUGAACAAGCCGACAUCGAGGUGGUCUUUGGCUCCUUGUCCAAGAUGGAGGUGGCCGCUGCUGCAAAGGGAGUGACUUUGGAAACGAUUAAGGGCCAUGUCAAGGGUGCUCUGCCUGAAUCGAUGGUCGUCCGGCUGUUUGAUGGGAUGACGAGUGUCCAACUGAGCGAGAAGUCACCUGGAUCCAGCGGCCGCGUGACAAAGGAGCAAUUUGUCGUCUUUAUGUCCGCUAUCUUGAAAGGCAACGCUGAGGAAAAGAAGGGCAUCGUCAUGAGGAUGAUCUGCAAGGCUGGCGGGACGGUGAAGGGAAGCCAAAUCCUUGAGUUUGCAGAGGACCUGGUCAAUUCUGUCAUCCACCUCCUCAUCUACAGAAAGGAGCUGAAGGGAUGGAAUCUAAAAAAUAUGCAAAAUUCUACCGCUGGAGUCAAAGCUUUGGCUUCUCAGCUGACAUCCGAACUGAAAACAGCAGAUGGGAGGCGGCUGGAGGGGUUUGCGGCGCUGGACGCGUGCUACGACGAGGGUGGCCUGGAGGACUGGCUCUUCCGGGUCCCGCAGGUCUCGUCCUUCCUGGGGGUCAUCGUCCAGCAAGGGCUGCUUCCUCCGGACCAGGGCCCCUCCUCCCCCUCCUCGUCCCACCUGCUGCCGGCCUGCAAGGGUCUGCGCCCGGGGUCCUCGCGCUUCGUGAGCCUGCUGGACGUGCCCUCGGUGGCCUUCCUGAACUCGUGCCUGCCGUCGGGGCUGCGGCGGGAGUGGCGGCUGCUCUUCUCCUCGCAGCUCCACGGGGAGAGCUUCUCCCAGCUCUGCGGCCACAUCGUCCACAAGGGGCCCUGCCUGCUGGUCCUGCGCGACGCCCACGGAUACGUCUUCGGGGGCUUCGCCUCCUGCUCCUGGGAGGUCAAGCCACAGUUCCAAGGCAACAACGAGUGCUUCCUCUUCUCUGUGUCCCCUACGCUCGGCGUGUUCACUUACACGGGCUACAAUGACCAUUACAUGUACUUGAAUCACGGGCAGCAGACGAUGCCAAACGGACUGGGCAUGGGCGGUCAGCACGAAUACUUUGGCCUCUGGGUGGACAGCAACUACGGGAAGGGGCACAGCAAAGCCAAGCCCCGCUGCACCACCUACAACAGCCCACAGCUCUCGGCCAAGGAGAACUUCACCUUCAACGCCAUGGAGGUGUGGGCCGUGGGAGAGCCCCCGGGAGACCCCGACGGCAAAGAUCCCAAGAGCAUCCUGGACGCCGACCCCGAGGCGCAGGCCCUGCUGGAGAUGAUCGGAAAGAGCCGCCAGAGCGAGGGAUUGCGGGUCCCAGACGAAGAUGGGGACAACAACAACUCAGAAUAAAGCCUGGAAGCUUUUGCCUGAGCGCAAAGUGAGGGAGUCUCUGAGCUUUAGAUUUCCCACCCACUUGGGUGGUCAUUGAGAUGGUGGCUUUGUUGGGAGGCAUAUUCCACAGACAGUUGGAUAGAUAAACAGUGAUGGGAUGGGAUGAGACCCUGAUUUGGGUAUAGUUUGGAGUUAUGGCUCAGUCCCUCCCAUCAGCCAAUAUUGCCAACAUUGAGCGAUCAUGGGAAUUGAAGGCCACAACUAUAUAAAGCAGGCAUGGGCAAAUUUGGCCCCUCCCUCCGGGUGAUAUGGACUUCAACUCCCACCAUUCCUAACAGCCUCGGGCCCCUUCCUUUUCAAGGGUUAUGGGCCCAGUAUAGCCCAGAUAUCCCAUCAAUUGGUUCAAGGGGGAGGGGGGGGGGGUAUAGAAAUACCUGUAAAUACAAAGCUAGACUAGUAGCCCAGGGAUUUCAACAAAAACAAUUUGAAACAUAUGAUGAAACAUUUACCCCAGCUGCAAAAUGAGAAUUUUUGAGAUUAAUUAUGGCUCUAGCAGGACAGAAAGGAUACAAAAUUAGACAUUUUGAUUUUGAAACAGCUUAUUUAAAUGCUGACUUAAGUAAGGACAUUUAUAUGAAGCAAGCUCAGGGUUAGGAGCAUCAACCAUAUUGGAAAGUUUAUCAGUUAAAAAAGGCUCUGUAUGGUUUAAAGCAGUCUGCGUGAAAAUGGAACAAAUGUAUAAACAAAGUUGCUAAACCAAAAGCAAAAAAAUUGGCAGGGAUUAAAAAGAUUGGUUAGGUUUUUAAAGGGGGCUAUAAAUCCCUUUUAAAAGGAAAAGGCCUGAGACUGUUAGGAAUUGUGGGAGUUGGAAGUCCAAAAUGCCUGGAGUUUGCCCAGGACUGGUAUAUUAUUAUCAUUAUUUUUUCUGUCUUCCAUGAAAACCAAACCAAAGCCAGUUCUUCCAGACUAAUUUGGAAGAACAGAGGAACAGUUCCCAGCUUUAAGGGAAAUGUCAGGAACCAGAGCAUUCUGAUUGAGUUAGAUUUCAUUUUAAGGGUAUGGGAUCAUGUAAUGGUGCAGUUGGUUUCCAAUUAAAGUGUGGCAUCUGGAAUUUGGGAAAUGGAGACUACAACUCCCAGAAUCAUGGCAGUAGGAAUCUUGGCUCCAGCACAUAAGACUCGGCUAGUUCCCAUGUAUCUGAUGCCAGUGAAUAAGGUCAUUUAAUAUGGUCAGUCCGGAUCAAUGUUUACAAAUCAUGGCUUCAAUCUCACGUUUCAGUCAAGCCUAGUGAAAGCAUCGGAAAGCUCAAGGAUUAAGUGUCUUUGUUACAAUAAACUUGCCUGGUAUUUGAAAGCCUACUCCAGGAUUUACAGCCCAUGCGGUUGGGAAAAAAUCCAGAAUUUAUGCAGUUGCCCACAAUUGAGAGUACAUACUUCUUUGCGAUGUGAAUCAUGCAGCAAAUGUGAUUAUAUCUCACGGUUGGAACAACUCAGGUUGAGAACUCACGCUUUGAAUAUAGAUGUUCAACAUAAAUGUCCAACCGUUUCCGCACGGAAACUUCCACACCAAAUGGCAAUUCCAGCUAAGAACUCUCUCGCCACCUGUUAGCCCUUAAGACAUGUUUUAUUAGCAAAAGGUGUUAUUGCAACUUAAAUAAAUAAACAAAAUGAU